GAGGCGGCCGUCAGGCGGUGGCUGGAGCCGUCCCGUCCUGAUGGCGUUCCUCUUCAGGAGAGGCCGGAGGGGCCCCUUCAAACAUAUAGCUCAUGGCCUGGUCCCUGCUGCUACCAUAGCUCCUAAACCUGCAGUUCCCCGCACCCCUCCCCCUCGUAGUCCAAACCCUUCUCCAGAAAGGCCAAGGUCUGCUCUAGCAGCAGCGAUCCUUACAACAACACUAACAGGGCGCACUGUUGCUAUUCCUCAGCCUCAGCAGCGAUCGCUUUCUGAAAGUGAUGCCACCUACUUGGAACAAGAAUGUUUUGAGCCAUAUGCAACAGUCACAGAGCUCAGAAUAGGAUCUAACUGGGAACUUGAUGGUUGUGACAGAUCUCCUCUACAGUCCCUGGAAAUAUUGGGCAAUUAUGGUGGAGAUGAGGACAUGGACACAGAUCUUUCAGGUGCUGAUAAAGAGGCAGAGUCCAGCUGUCAGAGUAGUGAGAAAAGGGAAGGAAGCUUUAGCACCAAUGCUAUUUAUGCUGUUCCCUGCAAAAGUAAACAGGAAGAGUUUCCACCAUCUCCUGUUCCUAAUGCUGACGAGAAAGAGGUUUCUUCCCAUGAAACUGAGUGUCAGGUGGUGGUGGAUAAGUCAAGUGUGCAAAUAGAAGAAGACCAAAAUCUGGGCUUGAAUUUAAAGGAAGAAAAAUUAAUAGCUGAAAAUCUGAUACAUGACAAACCUCCACCAUCCCCAGAUGUGUCUGCUCGGGCAAGGCAAGUAUGGGAAAAUAUAAGCAAAGAAAAAUUCAGAGAACUAAAACAAGAAAACUGGUCUCUGAACAAGGCAUACCAAACUAUGGUCCAGCAAUUUGAGGGAACAAAACAGCACAUAGAAGAACAGCAAUUAAAGCUGAAACAACUAGAAAAAGAAAACAGAAGACUUAAAGAAGCUGCAGAGAACUCACAUAGAGAAGGGGAGGCAACAGAAUUACUUUCUCUCAGACAACAAGCACAAGAACUGGUAGAUGAAAAUGAUGCUUUGAGAGCUAUGGUCCAUCGUUUAAAUGUAGAAUUAAGUCGCUAUCAAACUAAAUUCAGGUCAUUGCCCCAAGAAGAGAAUCUAAAGCUGAAAAGCUUGCCCAUGAAAGGACCACAACCACCAUGGCUGUUGGAUACGAAGUAUUUGUCACCUCUUCUGUUGGCAUAUGAAGAUAGAAUAAGAGAAAAGGAAGGUUUUAUUCUUGAACAUGAGGAGGAUAUGAAGAAUUUUAAAGCACGAGUUGAAGAGUUGGUGAAGGAGAAUGCAGAUCUGCAUGAGCAAUUAAAUAACUUCACUACUCCUACAGAGUGGGAGUUGCUGCAAACUCAGGCCAAGCUGGUCUUGGAAGAGAAUGGAUUGUUGAUGGAGCAACUCAAAAUUCAACAAGCUAAAGCAAAAGAUAGUCACAGACAGCAUGUUCAAGAAGUUUCAAAGUUGACCAAACAAAUAGUAGUCUUAGAAGAUAAGAAACAGAGUCAAGAGGAAGAAAUAACAGAGUACCAGAAGCAGCUAAAAGCUUUGUGUUCUACAUGUGAAGAGCUGAAAGCCAAAAUGGAUAGCAGAAUAACAGCAGAGGAGCACUUGGCUUUGGUGAAUGAUUUAAAAAGCUCUUUACAACAGGAGCAGGAGAAAAAGCACUGUGAGGUGGAAGCUGCAAUGGGAAAGAUAGCAUCACUGCAAACUGAAAACAAGAAAUUGCUCUUAGAGAAAAAUAACUUAAUGGCUGACAAGAAGAUCCUGGAAACUGAGAUGCAAAUAACUGAAAAGACAAACAGACGAUUAAAGAAGAAAAUAGGUCUUCUGCAAGUACAGCUGGAGGAAGCAAUGGAAAAAGAAGUCACAGCCCAUCACUAUCUAACAAACCUUAUUGGGCUGGUGGAGAAGAUAGCUAAGGAACGUGAUCAUCUUGUAUUUUUGGCCAGAUGUUUGGAAAAUGAGAAUCAUGGUGUUCUCAAGAAAAUUAUAGAAGGCAGCCUACGCUUAGGAAGAUUGGAAGAAAAAGUUAAGGUAUAUAAAAAGAAAGCAGCUGGGAAGCUUGGAGAUAUCAGUCUCAAGAUGACUGAGCAGGAGAAAGAAUUUGAAAGGAAAACUGCUCAGUAUGAGCAAGAAAAGAAGCACCUGCAGCGUCUGCUGCAAGAUAAACAAGAAACCCUCAAUGAAGUGCUGGAGCAAAACAGGAAAAGAGAAGGGGAACUUGAAAUCAUGUGGGAAUCCACAGCCAAAGAAAACAGGAGAAUGAGAGAAGUCUUACAUAAAUCCCUGAGGAAGAACAACAUGUGGAGUGCUGUCACAGUUCAUGAACCACACUCUCAGAAGGACCUAGUUUAUGAUUUUAGCUAUUGUGAUGUGAAAACUUCAUCACCUACUAAAAAUGAAAUUCAGCAAGAAUGUCAGUGAUACAAAUCUGCACCUCAUCCAAGAAAGAGAACUUGGUGCCUGAAUUUGACUUUUUCAGCAACACAAGGUGUAAUGGAAUGUUUACUGUCUUCAAUAUAACUGUACUUUUAAGGUCAUCAGAAUUACAACAGCAUAUUCUCUGCUUGUACUGUGAAUAGUGUAAAUCUAACCUAAAAUAUUACAUUGCUUUUUGAAGAAAAGGCUGUUCCUUCUUAAGACAAAAUGUGAUACAGCUUUAACAUGUAGACAACAAUUAACAGGAUAAGCAGCUGGUAAGCUUGGUGUUCAGCACAGGCAGACACAAUGCCAUGAAAGAAGUGAACAGCAAGACAGUGCUUGCUAAAACUAAAAGGACAAGUUUCAGUAAAUUUUCCCCUAAAACACCAGAUGAAGCAUGAUCCAAGCUGAAAAAAAAGCGUAGCUUGCACUUUAUCUCAUGAGGAAGCAUCUUGACUUCCUAAGAUGCAAGGCUGUGCUUAUACUAGAUUGUGUGCCAAUAAUCUUGUCAUCUCAAGGACAGGUAAGAAUUUGCUUGUGAAACAGACAAGACUGAAACAUCCUCAUGACAACAGCUGGUGCCUGAAUGCACAACUGUCCACUGUGUAGAUUGUCAGCAUCCCUGGAGGUGUUGGGAAGCUCCUGCCAUGGGUUUGCCAAGGGUGUGAGCUGCCAGCACAGGAUGCAGCUCUCCUGUUUUGUUCAUCUUGCUUCAGAUUCAGUGGCUUCAAAAGCUACCCCAAGUAUUCUCUGAAGCAGUGUUUAUUGUGUAUGCCUUUAGAUUAUUGACAUGCAUUUGUCUUAGCUUUCAGAUUUGUUCAUUUUUCACAAUAUUGCACAUUAACGUUAUACUGGUAUGUAUUACUAUGAUGUGGUUUUAUUUUGGAUUUACAUAUAACUUGCUGGAUCAGCUUUUUGGUUUUGCUUUGUUUUCAUAACAAAAUGUAAAUGGUACCAGGAAACUGUAACAAUACAAAAAACAUGUAAUUAUCAUUGUAGUAUUAGAAGUAAUAAAGAAUUUCAUUUGCUUUGAUCAAAGUUAACAAAAAGAGCA